AUUAAUAUUAAAAUUGGAAGCUUGUAUCUUUUGCCCGACAUUGGAAAUUGAAUGUAAUGGCAACAGAAUUUAUAAAGAGUUGCUGUAGAGGAUGUUUCUACGGUGAAACAGAAAAGCACAACUUUUCUGUGGAAAGAGACUUUAAAACAGCAGUCUCAAAUCAAAAUACUACUAUCUGUGUACCUCCAUUGACUUCUGUUUCUGUAAGGCCUCAGGUUGGCUGUACUGAGGAUUAUUUACUUUCAAAAUUACCAUCUGAUGGCAGACAAGUACCAUUUGUGGUGCCCAAGUUUAAGUUAUCUUAUAUUCAGCCCAGAACGCAAGGAACUCCUUCACAUCUGGAAGAACUUGAAGGAUCUGCCAGAGCAUCUUUUGGAGAUCGAAAGGCAGAACUUUCCAGUUCAUCUCAUCCUGGAUCCAGCUAUGACAUAUAUAACCCGUUCUACAUGUACCAGCACAUUUCACCAGAUUUGAGUCGGCGCUUUCCUCCCAGUUCAGAAGCAACUAGACUAUAUGGAUCAGUUUGUGAUUUAAGGACCAACAAACCCCCUGGUUCCCCUGGGCUAAGCAAGUCUAUGUUUGAUCUUACAAGUUCAUCUCAGAAGUUCAUCCAGAGACAUGAUUCACUGUCCAGUGUGCCCAGUAGCUCUUCGUCAAGGAAGAAUUCUCAGGGAAGUAACAGAAGCUUGGAUACUAUUACUCUAUCAGGAGAUGAAAGAGAUUUGGGGAGAUUGAAUGUGAAAGUGUUUUAUAAUUCUUCAGUAGAGCAGAUCUGGAUCACAGUAUUACAGUGCAAAGAUUUAAAUUGGCCUUCUAGUUAUGGCGACACACCUACUAUUUCUAUAAAAGGAAUCCUAACAUUGCCCAAACCAGUACAUUUCAAAUCUUCAACCAAGGAAGGCUCCAAUUCUAUUGAAUUUAUGGAAACUUUUGUGUUUGCUAUUAAGCUCCAAAGUCUACAAACUGUGAGGCUUGUAUUUAAGAUUCAAACCCAGACUCCCAGGAAGAAAACCAUUGGAGAAUGCUCACUAUCACUCAGAACUCUCAGCACACAGGAAAUGGAUUACUCUUUGGAUAUAGCACCACCUUCAAAAAUUCCUGUUUGUCAUGCAGAACUUGAACUGGGGACUUGUUUUCAAGCAGUGAAUAGCAGGAUUCAGUUACAGAUUCUUGAGGCCCAGUGCCUUCCAAGCUCAUCCACACCUCUGACUUUGAGUUUUUUUGUGAAGGUGGCAAUGUUUAGCUCAGGAGAGCUGGUUUAUAAGAAGAAGACACGCCUACUGAAGGCCACCAAUGGAAGAGUAAAGUGGGGAGAGACUAUGAUUUUCCCACUUAUACAGAAUGAAAGAGAAAUUUUUUUUCUCAUUAAGCUAUAUAGCCGAAGCUCUGUAAGAAGAAGACACUUUGUGGGGCAGAUUUGGGUAAGUGAAGACAGUCAUAAUGUUGAAGCAGCAAACCAGUGGAAAGAGACUAUUACCAAUCCAGAAAAGGUUGUUAUCCAGUGGCACAAAUUAAAUCCAUCUUGAAGACUUCAUACACUGCCUGACGAAGAAUCUGACAUUCUUUUAGAAGACAAGAUUUCAAUUUGCUGCCAAUGCGAACAGACAAAUCAAUAUAUUUCUCAAGUCUUUUAUGGAGGUCAUAAUUAUAGUAUAUAAUGGAUCUGUUAGAACAUUAACCUUGAUAAAAAUGGUAUGAAUUAUAUCAAAUAUCCAAAGUAAAGGAAAUAUUUAAAAA